AUGGUGGUAUCAGCAAGCGCCCUGUCCCUCCACGCCUCGAGAGAAUGCGUAGGGAAACUCCCUGCCAAAGAAAGAAUGGGCUGCCCUGUUGCACGGCGGGAACACGGAAGAAUCGCAGAAAUUUCCAUCAGUAAUAGGGCUAGAAUGGGACGAGAUAGACUUUCCAAGCUUAGAGCGGCUUCAAUUUAA